AUGUCGGACUCUGACCUCUCGGAUGCGCCCAUGACGCCCCUCCCUGCAGACGAUGAACUCGAGAAGAGUUUGCGACGCGAAGUUGUGAAGGCGCAACGAGCGGGUGCUGAGGAUUCUACGGUCAACUCGAUACGCGCCGCAUCCGAAGAAAGCUUAGGCUUGAAGUCGGGUUUCUACAAGAAUCAUGAGACCUGGGUGGCCCGAAGCAAACAGAUUAUCAAAGAACAAUUCGCUGUACAAGACGUUGCUCGAAGCUCUUCGCCUCCGCCAUCGAAAGUGAAGAAGCCUGUGGCGGCUAACGGGCCUAAAAAGCGCGUUUCUGAGGAGCGGGAACCAUGGCCAAGGAAGAGAAAGAAGGUUGUGAAUAAGCCUGAAAAGUCGGUUUCUUCAGACGAUUUAUCUUCGCCGCCGAGCGAGAGCGAUUUUGAGAGUCCAGAAGAGAAACCGAAGAAAAAGCAACAGCGAAAGCCUUCUCAUUCCGUGACAAACCAAAAAUCCAAGACCGCAGUCCCUUCGCAAAAGAAGCGCCCUGUGGCCAAAGUUGAUACAGACAGUGACGAGCCUGAAGAGAACAAGUCCCAGUCCGAGGAAGAAAAGAAGGACGAGGUCAAAAAGAAUGCCGUGACCUCCUCCAAAAAACAACAGACGGAAGAUGACGAUGACGAUGACGAUAGCGAAAUGUCGGAACUGUUGGACGAGGCACCACCUCCGAAAAAGCGACAGAAGCAGAAAGACUCGACAGGAGAAAAGUCCAGCAAAGCAAAGCCCGCCAAGUCCAGAACUGAAACAGACACAGACCCUGACCAGGCAGAGAUCAAGCGACUCCAGGGCUGGCUUGUGAAGUGUGGCAUACGAAAGGUUUGGGGAAAGGAGCUCAAGCCUUAUGACACCCCGAGGGCGAAGAUCAAGCAUCUGAAGGAUAUGUUGACGGAUGCCGGGAUGACUGGUCGGUUUUCGGUCGAAAAAGCAAGCCAGAUCAAGGAAGCGCGAGAGCUUGCUGCCGAUAUCGAGGCGGUCCAAGAAGGUGCCGAGAGAUGGGGCGCAGAUGAUGAAGAUGGCGAGGUCAGGACCAAGGAGGAUGGGCGACCGGUCAGGCGACUGGUGAGAGGAGCGAAGAAUUAUGACUUCCUCAGUAGUGAUGGCGAGGAGACAGAUUGA